AUGUGGUCUCAAAAUCGACUCUAUUUCCAAUUAAGCCUCAUUUCAGCAAUCCAUCAGUUGGACAGACUUCCAAGUCAUCAUGUGAAAUUUGGAACAUUUUCAGAGACAGAAGGUGUUCAAACUUCAAGUACUCAAACUGUUGUGGUGGCCGAAGAACACGUGGUGCCAUCAAGACCAAAUCUCAGUUCUUCAUUUGAAGUUUCUGAUGAUGAUGAUGAUGAUGAUGAUGUUGAUGAUGAUGAUGAUGAUGAGAGUGAUAGUAAUGACGAUAGUAUGGAUUUUCAUAUGUUUGUACCGUCGAAUGAGCCAGUCAAUGAGGUUGUGAUUUCUCCGGCUGAGACAGAAAAGGAAAUCAACAUUUUUAAGCAACAAAACGAUCCUACGCCCGAACAGAUGGAAGCUCUUAUUGACAAAUUACAGUCAACUGCAAAGAAGCCUCCCCAAGUAGUUUCUAUUACUUCUGAGUCUCCAUCUGGGAGUGAUAAAGAUAAUUCAAAAGCAUCCAUGCUGCCAAGAAAGCGAAAACGUAGAGAUCCAAGGUCGGGAAUACUUUCUACUGAACCAGUACAACAACCUUCUCAGAUUGUUGAGCCCGCUCAAGUUACUCAUGAUGUUCAAAGUCCGAUUAUUGAGCCCGCUCAAGUUAUUCAAGAUGUUCAAAGUCCAAUUAUUGAACCAGCUCAGGUUCAUCAAGAUGUUCAAAGUCAAAUGGCUAAUGAGGAAACAAUUGCUUCGGGAAGCUCUUCUGCCCCACCACCCCCAGAGCACGAUGUUGUGUCUGUCAAACUAGCCAAGUUACUUGCAUUUCAAGAUUCCAUUUCUCAAUCCAAAGGAAAAGGAAUAUCUAUUGGCUCCAGGCAAGGAGGUGAUGAAGACUCCCAUCAAACCAUCUCUGAGCUCAAACAAGAGAUUAUGUUUUUGAAGCAGGAGUCCAUUGAGAAGGACUUACUGAUUGGUAGUCCGAAUAGGAGAGUUUCUAACCUUGAAUAG